UGUUGAAAAUAAACGCAGAAGGCCAAAAGGCAAGAGAGCAUGGCAGAUAUGACGGAUCUCUUCGUUCAAUAUCGACACCAGCAACCACCCUUGGCUCCUUUCGUGUUCUCGAAACCACUAACGUCCUUUUUUCAAGUAUGGAUAGCUAAGUGUACGAAUAUUGGAUGCUUGAAACCAAGAGAAGAAAGAAGUCUUGUCAAAAGAAAAUAUUCCCUCGAAGACUCACCGUUAUUUUUGUUUCACUUAUCACGGUUCGACAUGUUUAUUUACAUUCUUUUGUGCGGCCAGAAUUAUUUUAUCAUAUCAAAGAGAUGCAUAAAUUAUAAAUUAAAUGAAUAUAAAGUGUGGCAACGAACGUAGGUUUUAUGAAAUAUUCAUUGGAGAUUUUUUCUAAUGAUUUAUAUUUAAUGUUCGCUUAUUUAUUAAUGUCGUUAUAAGAACUUGCUUACUUAUUGUCUAAAGAAAUGAAUGAAAAUGACACGUAUGAGUCUGUAAUAAAAUAUCAAAUAUAUCGUAUCUUUUUCUCAUCCCAUUUGAAAUCUUACAGUUCACCCCGCAGCCUUUAUAUUAUGGCACAUCCAAGGGAAAUAUUUGCUUUGUUCACAAUCGUAAAGAGUUUCUUUCUUUCUUGGAAGAUUACCUCUUAUCUUUCGAUCUUCAUCUUUAACUGCGAAAGAUCCCGAUCAAGUUGCUUUCGUUAAAGAUGUACGAAAGGAAAAAGAUAUCAAAUACUUUGAAUCUUUCACAUUAUUAACUCCAUCCUCGGAAGACGUUAUUCUCAAAAAGAAAAACGAUUGAAGCUCUUGAGAUUAUGAAUCCCUUGAAUAGCUUGAGCUUUUGUUAAAGAUUCCAGAUACUAUAUACACUAUCUUUCCUUACACCCAGUGUUCCUUAACGAGUCCCAACUUCUUUCCCCUUUUUCCUCUCCACAAUUAGCAGCUUUCCAAAGCUACUUCUGACAACACAGCGCAUAGAGGGAUUCUCGUUAAACUGGGUCGUGCUUGCCACCCGGGGUUAAUUGAUAAACAGCCUUAGGCUGAAAAUAUCUUACCGGAGAUGCCUGUAAAAUAGUUGCUCGAGCUAUUCGAGAAAAAAAAUAUACAUAUAUAACCGUUUUAACACGCAACAUGCGAGUUCUUUUUUCCAUUUCUUUCUUUUUUUUUCCUUUUUUGUAUAUGUUCGAAGACCAUAGUUUUUGUAACUACAUACGUGCAAUUUUUCUCAUUGAAAACGAUCUGAAAGAAACUCAGAAUAGUACUAAUAAAAUUGGGUCGCUUUUACAAUAGCAAUUUGCAAGCUCGAGGACUUUCGUUUUACGCUUAUGCAAAUUUUUACGUUCCACUCUGUGUACGAACGAGGAGGAAAUGGUUGAAGGGAAAAGAAAAAAGAAAAACUGUUUGUCUGUGUCUGAGAAAGGCUGGAAAGAAUCCUUUUGAAACGACCACAAAGAAAGGACCAAACAACCUCUAUUCGUUGUGCUUGUUUUACGAUCUUAACGUACAUAAAGUAGAAAGAACUUUAAAAAGGAUGGAUUUGAGUCUUGCUGUAUCGGUUGUCAUACUUUACAAUUUUACAUUAACACUGACUAGUGAAAGUUCCCACGACAAAUAGAAAGAAUGUUUCGAGUUACUAGAUCUUUUAAAAAUUCCGAGAUAUUUAACUCCCCUUAAAAGGAUAUUUAGUCAUUUGCUAAAGAGUUUAUAUAAUCUGUUAAUGAUGGUUACAAAAUUAUUGCUAUAAAUCAAUAUAUAUGUUUUAUGUGUUUUACAGGACUAUUGUUAGGUGGUGGACUGAUAGUAUUAGCAUCAGCUUUAUCUGACGCAUCUUUGGAAUUACCUCGAAAAUAUAGUCUACCUUCCACGGCAAAUAUGCAAACAGACGAUAACGGUCUACCUCAAUAUCACUACGGUUGGUGUCUACAACUCUCAGGAUUAGCACUCAUCCUGGCCAAAGUAGCUGCACUUUUAACCAUGUCUGGAUAUAUGGCACGAUUUCCAACAGUCGAAGAUAUGGUGAGAGUUAUGGUACCAGGAGCAGAAAGAAAACUGAGAGAGCAAAGAGGUGUAAGUUCAGAGUACCUCAUCAGAGCACAUCAAAAGUCGCCAGGUCCACCUCAGACUCGUGGAUUUAACCAACCUACUAAAAGUGUACUCGCUCCCCAGAGAGUAGCAGAAGAAGGAACUUCUCUACUGUGUAAGUCAGCCCCUGACAUUUGUGCCUCCAACCCGCAAGCAAUCAGCUAUGUGGAUAAAGCAGAUCUCUCCCACGUUCUUCCAGCUUAUCCAGAUCCAAAGAAUACCGACCCUCGAUACACUUACGUCGAUAAGCCAGAUGCCAAUGUUGUCGACUCACAGUUAAGCGGCUUCGCCGAUAAAGAAGGUUUGAUUGACUCAAGGAUUUUAUCAGAUUCGAGACAAAACAUGAUUGCAUUUGCUGAGAACAAAGAACAAAUUCUUGGUCAAGAACCGCGAUAUACGGAAUUCGCAGCUAGAGCUACAGAACCAAACAUCGUUGACUCCAGACUUAGUGGUUUCGCCGAGAAAGAAGGUCUUCUUGAUCCCAGGCUCGCGGGAUAUCCCGAGAGAAAUGAAUCUUUACUGGAUACACCUCUUGGCUAUGAUACACGUUACAAUAGCUUAGCCGGACAAACUGUACCUAUCACAUUGAAACAUCAAAAUACGUCAGUAUCAGCGAUCCAAUCACAGUACAUUUAUCAAAACUUUGGUACGAUACAUUCUGGUAUUUUAAGGGUAUCCGAGCCUGGUACCAGCUCAAGUUCUAAUUCGAGUCAAAGAAGUAUGACCUUGCAGAAUCCUAAACGAAAAUCUCAAAUCGCGCAAAAUACUUUCAGUACGAUGGAAUGUGAGAAGAAGAAACGGGGUCCUGGCUUGGUAGGAAAAGCUGGGUUUUAUGCAGGCAGUGCCGUAUGACCACCACCACCUCCUCCGACCCCGAGGUAACUCCACGAGGAGGAAACGCCGCUUUAAUUCAAAUAAAGAGAAUUGUUAGUGGCGUUUUUACUAUAUGGGUUGGAGGAAGUGUGUUUUUAAGGGGACAAUGAAUGCAACAUUAGCAUCAGUCGGUAGUGCAAAUCCCUGACCGUUUCCAAUUCAGAUCAUUGCCUUAUCACGCGUGAUAAGUUACCCACAGUUGGAUUUACAAGUUCCUGUGAUAAUAUCCCUGUCCAAUGAUACAAGAAAUGAUCAAAAUCUUAUUACUAAUGUUGUGAUAAAAGUUAUGUUGCGAUCAUGAAAAAAUGUCGUGUGAAUCGAUGCCAUAACUUGAAUAUACCAAAUUGAUGAAUGGUCACUCAACCGCAUGUUGGAUCAAGAAUAUGUAUAUAGAAUAUUUAUCCUAAAAGUUAGAUAUAUAAGAUAUCAAUGUGAGGAGAGAGCAAAAUGUAUCUUCGAUAAAUUUAUAUUAAGUGAAAUGGAUCACCGAAGUAUUUGACAUUCAUGAAAUCAAUAUUAAUCUAACUACUUGUAAUGAAAAAGGAUGAUCAAGAAGUUACGAUACGAAGGAAGAAACGCAAUAGUAGUUUGCUUAACAUAGAUGUAGCAUAAAUGUAAAUGAUACACCAUACGAGAUGGUGAAAUACCAUGUUCUACUCACUGGCAAAGUUUCACGUGCUAUUUACAAUAAAACUUCUCUCUCACGUUGAAAUAAAUAGUUCGUGAUUCUUUGCGAUAUCAAAACUAUUAAGUCGACAGACUACUCGCAAUCAAUGAAAAACAAAUUGCCCGAUGUUAUAAUCGUUGCAAUCAUUGCUUAAUACGUUCUACGUUAUCAUUCUCAUGAUUUAUCAUUUAUACUUCAGAAUUUAACGAACAUCUAUGGUGUAUUAAAAAACAUGUCAAUCGCGAUUAAUGCGAAUACGUAAUCAUUAAAUUUGACCAUAAUCAAAUCAUAAUUUUCAUUCAUGUUUCGAGAGCAUAAUCAACGGAACAAAGUUAUAAGUAAUCGUAAUUGAGAAAGUAAACUUAAGUAAUCGAUACGCUGUAAUAUAUUUGAUGGUCGAUACGAUUUCGUUAAGUUACGUGGUAUGGACACGUAUAAUCGUAUUUAUUAAGAGGAGCAUUACGAGUAAUAAAUAAGACUCUCUAUGUUCGACGUGAAAGAAAUUGCCACUGACACGUUUCCAUUAUUAUUAGAAUAUGUGUGUACGUGGAUAUAGCAUUUUUUAACUAAUAAUUAUAGUAACUGAAAUAAAAUGAAAACUAUUAAUUAAUUCUGUGAAACGAUAAAAUAUUCAACUUUAACAAAGCAAAAUUAUAUGAUUCGUGAAAUGACGUACACACAGUAUAUCAAUAUCUACAAUUAAAGAACACGUUACUCGUAUAAUAUUUAUACUUAUUACGUAUCCGAUCCGUGGCAAAGUCUUUUAUCGUAUUUACCGAUUUCUAACAUAUCAGGGCAAAGGAAAAUGUUUGUGUUACCUAUAUAGUAAUAAGCUGACUGCCAUUUACUUUCAUUAACUUUUUAUUUAUUUCCUAUUUUCUCGUUUACUUUGAACACUUCUCACCGAGAGAAGAAAUCAAGGACGCUGAAAGUAUUUGAACGAUUUCGAAAAACGAGAACUGACAUUAAACAGCGAUUUUUCUUUUUUAAACUGAGCCAUACGUUGUUGUAUAUGUCACUUUGCACUGCAUAUAUUAUUAUAUUAUGAUCGUAGCUGAAUGUAAUAAAAUGUUUCUUUUGUAAAAAUGAAGAC